GUUGGUCCAUAUCACCAUGGAGCUUCGACUUUGCAGGCUAUGGAGAAAGAAAAAUGGAGCUAUCUAGAUUUCAUUCUGAAACUGAAUUGUGGCGUAAGGUUGUUUGAUUACCUGACUGAAAUUGGAAAGAUGGCAAAACAUGCAAGAAAUUGCUACUCUGAGGACAUAAAAAUGGAUGAUGAAGAAUUCUUGCAAAUGCUCUUACUGGAUGGUUGUUUUAUAUUAACAGUUCUGGGAGGAGCCAAAGAACUAUUAGAGAACUUUCAACAAAAACUUAACAAGUCUGCUGAACAUGAAGUGCACGGUACUCCAGAUAUGGAGGAUAAGAGGGCUGACAGAAUUCAGACAUCAAGUGAAGGAAGCAACCAAAAUGACAAUGUAACUGAAUGUGCGCAGUAUGAUGAUGUAUUUGGACAGUGGUUUGUUAGCUUUGCCCACCACGACCUCCUUCUACUAGAAAAUCAAAUUCCGUUUUUUGUUGUCAAGAGGAUAUUUGAAUUGGUUGCUGGUCAGUGUACUGUGACUCCAUGUACAAAUGAAAUUGCUAAGGCAAUAGAAACUGCUCUUCGUUGGUAUCCAAAAUCAAUUCAAGAAUCUUGUCGACCAAAUGAUUUCUGUCAUUUGCUUCAUUUGUGUCACUUGUACUUCAGACCUACUGUGAAACAGGAAGAAAACUAUCAUGAUCAAGUCGCUCCCCAAUACAUCAACAGGUUUCUUAGCUUCGGGCUUAAGUAUUUGCGAAUUCGGCAGCAGCAUGAUGACAAUGAACGGGACAUAUCAGAUAGCAACAAGGUUGAUUUCAUACAAGGUGGUCAGUACCUAAAUCGCUGGCGACGGGCGGAACAAUAUCUUGAAGCUGGAGUCAACUUUAAGAAACGAAAAUAUGAUAAAGUCAACCCUCAUUCUCUAUUGGACAUUCAGUUUAUCAACAGUUUGAUGGAAAUUCCUUGUCUAGCCAUUGAUGAAUUCACGGGGACCCUAUUUAGGAACCUUAUUGCAUUUGAGCAAACCUGCCCUCAGUUUGGCGAUGAUUUCACUGCUUAUAUUGUGUUUUUGUCUCAGCUUCUAAGCAUGCCAGAGGAUGUCACUCUGCUUGCUCAGAGAGAAAUCAUUGUGCACCACCUUGAUAGCGACGACAACGUAUCUGAUCUCUUCACCAUGCUUAGUAAAGACGUGGUCUUUGAUUUCAAUGGUAACUACUACUUAAAAUCUCUCUGCCAGACUAUGGAAGCUCACUAUCAGAAUCGCAUCAAUCGGUGGAUGGCCUGGUUGUGGCUAAAUCAUUUCAGGAAUCCAUGGUUAGCCUUAGCUGCUUUUGCGACUGUGAUUGUGCUUGUCUGCACAGUUGUGCAAACAGUUUAUGGUAUACUGGCCUACAUUGACCCACCGCAGUAG